AACGCAGCAUAAGGUGUCGGCUAGUUCUUGGUCAGUACGGGCAGUGUUAGGGAUUGAGUAUUGACUAUAAAAUAUUUUUUUCUCCCUACAUUGUUAAAAGUAAGUCCCAGUUAGAAAAUGAGAGAAAUCGUGCACAUUCAAGCUGGCCAAUGCGGUAACCAAAUUGGAGCUAAGUUCUGGGAGGUGAUCAGUGAUGAACAUGGUAUCGACCCCACUGGCACCUACCACGGUGACAGUGACCUGCAGUUGGACAGGAUCAGCGUCUACUACAAUGAAGCAACAGGUGGCAAAUAUGUGCCCAGAGCCAUCCUGGUGGACCUGGAACCUGGCACCAUGGACUCCGUGAGAUCUGGACCAUUUGGACAGAUCUUCAGACCUGAUAACUUUGUAUUUGGCCAGAGUGGAGCUGGUAAUAAUUGGGCCAAAGGCCAUUACACUGAAGGAGCUGAACUAGUAGAUUCUGUUUUGGAUGUGGUCCGCAAAGAAUCUGAGAGUUGCGACUGCCUGCAGGGUUUCCAACUCACGCACUCCCUUGGUGGCGGCACAGGCUCUGGCAUGGGCACCCUGCUCAUCAGCAAGAUCCGAGAAGAGUAUCCUGAUCGCAUCAUGAACACCUUUAGUGUAGUACCUUCCCCCAAGGUGUCAGACACGGUAGUUGAGCCCUACAAUGCUACACUUUCAGUACACCAGCUGGUUGAGAAUACAGAUGAGACAUACUGCAUUGACAAUGAGGCACUUUACGACAUAUGCUUCCGCACACUUAAGCUCACUACACCCACCUAUGGGGACCUGAAUCACCUGGUCUCUGCCACCAUGAGUGGUGUCACAACUUGCCUGCGGUUCCCUGGCCAGCUCAAUGCUGACCUCCGUAAAUUGGCUGUCAAUAUGGUGCCCUUCCCACGUCUGCAUUUCUUCAUGCCAGGCUUUGCACCCCUCACUAGUAGAGGCAGCCAGCAGUAUCGUGCCCUUACUGUACCUGAGCUCACCCAACAAGUGUUUGAUGCUAAGAACAUGAUGGCUGCUUGCGACCCUCGCCAUGGCCGCUACUUAACGGUGGCUGCCGUUUUCCGUGGCCGUAUGUCCAUGAAGGAGGUUGAUGAGCAGAUGCUGAAUGUGCAGAACAAGAACAGCAGCUACUUUGUGGAAUGGAUCCCCAACAAUGUCAAGACUGCAGUAUGUGACAUCCCACCUAGAGGCCUCAAAAUGGCAGUUACCUUUAUUGGUAAUAGCACAGCCAUCCAGGAGCUGUUCAAGCGCAUCUCUGAACAGUUCACAGCUAUGUUUAGACGCAAGGCCUUCUUGCACUGGUACACUGGUGAGGGCAUGGAUGAAAUGGAAUUCACUGAGGCGGAGAGCAAUAUGAAUGACCUGGUGUCCGAGUACCAGCAGUACCAGGAUGCCACUGCCGAAGAAGAGGGAGAAUUUGAGGAAGAGGCAGAAGAUGAAGCAUAAAGUGUUAGGAUAUGUCAGGGAUUUAAGGGGGGGGGGGGGGUGGUUACAGUUGAAUAAAGUGAUAAAUAUUAAAACAUUGGCAAAGGAUGAAGGAACCACAGGAAGAUUGUAUUAAAUAUUAAUGCUGCAAAUGCCAGUUUGUUUUGUUUAAAAAUUAUACUCAAAAUCAGCUGAGUGAAGAAGUAACAGUUCCUGUAUUUCAAUUCCAUUUGUACGAAGUUUGAAAUGUCAGCCACUUAAAAAUACAGGAGGAAUAAUGACCCACAAUCAAGUGCAAAAAAACAAUCUGUGCAUCAAAGGAGAAAAAAAAAAAAUCCAUAGAUUUGGGCGAUUGGCGCAAGGGCUGGAAUAAGAGAAAAUUUACAUACACAAAAAAGCUGGCAAACAGAAAUGGAAGCAAGAAAAAGGAUGUCAAGGAGAUGGUUUUUGGAAGAUUACUGGAGGAAGUGAAACAGAAGGUGUCUUCAUUCUUUUUUUUGUGCCAUUACAGAGACUUGCCUUUUAUCCUUUAUUUCCAGUUGAUUUCGUAUCAAUUUUCCUCAUUACUAACUUGUAUUUAAUUUUAUUUGUAGAGUCACUGAUCUGUUUGUAGAUCAUUUAAAAUGCAUUGAAACAAAGGAAAUAAGGUGGGGGGGGGGGGGAAAAUGGUUGAGAACUGAAAUGAAGCUGUGGGACCAUGAGUUUCAGAAUGUGAAAAUUGAGGAGCAUGAUUACCAAGGUGGGGAUCGCAGCUCAAGUGUUUCUCACUCAGACGCCAACCAUCGUCUUGGGGAGGACCAGCUUUUGAGCUAUGAGGAGGAUGACAAGGACCAGACAGUGCAGAAAAUUAAUCGAGAUGCAAAUCUACGCAUUUGUUUGUAAUGUGUUGUUCUGGUUCAUAGGGGAGUUCAUUUGAUGAAGGAUUUUUUUUUUUUUCCCUUUUUUAUACCUUUAUGUGCUAGCCCAAAAUCCUGUUAGGGGAAAUUGUCAUGAACAUCUUCAUUCUGUUUCUGGGUUAUGCAAUCCAUCUAAUGUUCUUUUUAAUUUUCAUUUGCGUUAAAUGUUUCUUCAUUUUGGGAAGCGCUGAACCUCGGAAGUAAUAAAAAGCAUUUUUCUGAAA